AUGCUCGAGGCAAAGCCAGAUUCGGAGACGGCCAAGGAGCCUUUGGGUGAUCAAGAGGUUCCUCGGUCGCCUCCCCUCGCCGCCGUCGAGGCCAGAGUCAGACGAAAACUCGAUACACACGUGCUACUCCUCCUAUGGAUAUUGUUCUUGCUAGCCUUCUUGGAUCGAUCAAAUAUCGGCAACGCUCGCAUUGCCGGCCUGGAAACAGACCUGGACUUGAGCGGCGACCAGUAUGAAUGGCUUCUCACCAUCUUCUACAUCGCCUACAUCCUCUUUGAGCCGCUCAUCAUCGCCUUCAAGGUUUUGCCGGCCCGCAUCUGGAUUGCAAUUCUCGUUCUCGGCUGGGGCAUUGCAGCCACGGCCCAAUCUGCCACUCAAUCUUGGGGUGGGAUGAUGGCAUGUCGCUUCUUCAUGGCCGCGUUCGAAGCUGGAUAUGGCCCCGGUGCCAUCUAUCUGCUGUCAUUCUUUUACCUGCGCAACGAACUUGGCCUUCGCAUAGGCAUCUUCUUCGCCAGCGCCCCGUUGGCGACGUGUUUUGCGGGCGCCCUGGCUUAUGGCAUCACGUCGGGCCAUUCCAAGAUUGCCAAUUGGCGCCUUUUGUUUCUUGUUGAAGGCGCACCCGUCUUGGUCAUGGCGGCUGUGGCGUAUUUUGCCAUGCCAAACAGCGCUCAUCAAGCGUGGUUCUUGGACGAGCACGAAAGGGACGUUGCCUUGGCGCGUCAAGUCAAGCAAGUGGGAAAAGGGACACGAGUCGGCUCCUUGAAGUGGCGGGAAACGCUCUCCAUUUUGCUCGACGUCAAAGCAUGGCUGACGGCUCUCAUGUAUUUCUCGUGCAAUGUUUCCUACUCAUCGCUUCCGGUUUUCCUACCCACCAUUUUAAAAGACAUGGGUUUCUCUGGCUUGACCGCGCAGGGCCUCUCUGCGCCGCCCUAUUUCGCCUCUUUUCUCGUGACAAUCGCGACGACUUAUCUCGCGGAUCGUACUCAGCAACGAGGGCUCAUGGUCAUGGCCAUGGCGGCACUUGGCGGCGCAGGCUACGUCAUGCUCGCGGCGGCAUCUACAACUGCGGUUCGAUAUGCCGGUGCCUACCUCGCUGCAGCAGGCGUAUUCCCAACUAUAGCCAACAUUCUCCCGUGGGUCGUCAAUAAUCAAGGCAGCGACGAGCGAAGGGGAGCUGGUGUGGUCAUCAUCAACCUCGUCGGACAGUGCGGGCCUCUCCUAGGCACCAGAGUAUAUCCUCAGGAUGAGCGACCACACUACGUCCGGGGUCACGGUAUAUGCGCCGCAUUCAUGUUCUUUGUUGCUUUGCUUGCCUGUAUUCUCAGGAUACUUUUGCUUUGCGAGAACAAGCGGCUGGCUGAAAAGCACGGGGAUAAUGUCGUCGCCAACGAUGCCAACGAACAAGGUGUUGAGAAUUACGGACCUAAUUUCAGGUAUGUUCUUUAG